AUGCGGAUCACUCACGGCCUGCUGCUCGCGGCCAGCGCGGUGCCCGCCUUGGCCACAUCGCCUCCGACCGUCGAUCUGGGCUACGCGACCUACCAGGGCUACCUCAGCAGCUACGGGUUGAACACCUGGAAAAGUAUCCGGUAUGCGGCCCCUCCGGUGGGCAAGCGGCGGUGGCAGGCCCCUGUACCGCCACUGCAGAACAACACGCAGAUCACCCUGGCCGUCGACCAGCCUCCCGUGUGUCCACAGUCCGGGGCAGCCGGGACGCCGUACGUGUACGGCUUCAACUCGGGGCCGGGCGAUGAGGACUGUCUGUAUCUGAACCUGUAUGCGCCGCCCAACGCGACGAACCUGCCCGUGCUGCUGUGGAUCCAUGGCGGCGGAUACGCGCUAUUUGGGGCGGAGUAUGACCCCAGCCCGAUGAUCAACACGAACAACAACGGGUUCAUCACCGUGGAGAUCCAGUACCGGUUAGGAGCGUUCGGGUUCCUCUCAUCAGACGAGGUCAAGGAGCACGGGCAGACCAACGCCGGACUGUUGGACCAGCGGUUCGCGCUGGAAUGGGUGCAGGAGCACAUCGCCAAGUUCGGGGGGAUCCCACACGCGUCACCAUCGGCGGCGAGUCGUCGGGGGCUGGUGGGGCUGACCAGACAGAUCAUCGCCGCGAGCGCAUACUCGCCGCCCAGCUACAAGUACAAUGACGGCGUGCCGGAGCAGCACUACCGGCGGUUCGCGGAGCUGGUGGGUUGCGGUGCUGAGUCUCUGGAUGGGAGAUUCGCCAGCACGUUCGACUGCCUGGUGGCGGCGCCCAGUGCGCAGCUGCAGAAUGCCAGUGGGACGGUGUCGACGUCGGGGCUGUUCGGAACAUUUGGAUUCCUGCCAGUGGUGGAUGGCGAGUUCCUUCAGGAGCGGCCGUCGCUGCAGUUGUCGCAGGGAAGAGUCAGUGGGAAGCGGAUCCUUGUUGGUAACAACGCCAACGACGGCGUCCCCCUCACGAACCCCAACGUCGUCACCCGCGCGGCCUUCAACGCCUACAUCAACACGACCUUCCCCCUCUUCACGGCCGCCGACGUCGCCGCUCUAAACACCAUCUACCAGACCUCGACGACCUCCCCAACAGACAACGGUCCCCGCUACGACACCCUCGGCACCACCCCACCCACCGCACUCAACCAAUCCGAGAUGGCAACGGGUCUACAGCAAACCGUCCUGAACAUCUUCGCCGAAACGACCUUCGACUGCCCCGCAAAAUGGCUGGCCGAAGCAUUCAGCCAACCGCACACUGCCCUCGAAGCCUGGAAAUACCAGUACUCCGUGACCCCGGCCUACCACGGCGCGGACCUGAACGCGUAUUUCACGGCGGAUGAGCCGGCGUGGCCGGACGCGGGCUUCAGCACCGCGUUCCAGAGGAUGUGGGGCCAGUUUAUCAUGGCGGAUAGUCCGGUGAUCCCAUUUGGGGUCGCGACGGCGGGGUAUAGGAAUGCCACCGUGCCCAGGAAUGGGAGCUGGCUGGAUUGGCCCCGCUAUGAGAGAGGGUUUCCCGUGCAGAUGGACCUGAAUACCACCGGGGGUUAUCUGGUGCAUGAGACGGUGACGACGAACUUGUCGUAUUGGGUGCGCGAGGGAGAGGGCAUUGUGAAUACGUUCCGGUUGGUGGAUGCGGAGAAGUGGGAGGAGGGCCGGGGCGACAGGUGUGAUUUCUGGAGGGCAGUGGGCGCGAGAGUCCCCCAGUGAGCCCAGUGUAGGCGAAUGAGUGAUGGAGAAACAAGAUAGACCAUUUAGACUACUGCAC